AUGCCAAAAUCAAAUACACGUACUAUUUCAGGGGCUUUUGCUGGAAUAUUUGUGAGCCUUUCCUUACAUCCAGUUGAUACACUUAAGACACUCAUUCAGUCCUGUCUUGUGGACCACAAGUCAAUGUUUUAUAUUGGUUUAACUGGAUUAUAUCGUGGCAUUGGCAGCGAUAUUGUAUCUUCAGCUCCAAUAUCUGCUCUUUAUACUUUCUCAUAUGAAUCAGUCAAAGGGACUUUGCUUCCUCUUUUCCCUAAGUAUCAUUCUUUAGCCCAUUGCAUGUCUGGUGGCAGUGUAAGCGUCGCUAUUUCUAUUAUUUUUACGCCUAGAGAGCGUAUAAAGCAGCAGGUCAAGAAACCGUUGGUUGGGAUUAUGAGAAAGGGUGGGCUGUCUUCACUCUACACUGGGUGGGGUGCUGUACUCUGCAGGAAUGUUCCACACUCAAUAAUCGAGGUUUUAUCUUUUUACAGUAACUGUGUUGCAUGUCACCAUCAUAGCAGAAAGGGCAUUCCCAUGUCGAGGGAUGUUGCAAGUUCUCGGAGAGAGUGA